CCCAAUCUUACUAGGAUGCUGCAAAUCAUGCGUUGAUGCUUGGUCGAUUGGGCCUCCGACUGGCCGUGGCGGGCAUCACUUGGACGUUGCUAGCACCGAGGUCGUUUGUCCUGCGUGGCAGCCGUGCCCAGACACGGCGCCACACCGCCCGCAUGGCCGAGUUUGGAGGUGGUGAAUCAGGGCCUCGGAUGGCCAAAGAUGCGGCUUAUGCUGAAGCAGUGCAGGCUGCUUGGCAAGCCGAUCCUGCUUUGAAGGGAGCUGGGCCCUUCUCGGUGGAACCCUUGCUCUACCAAGACGAGGCGGGCCGUGCUCGGCUCCAUGGACGAGUCGUCCGAGCACGGAGCGGUUCCAAUGGAGCAGGUGUGGUGGUGAUCCACACAGCUGUUGGGCCUAGAGACUUGUACUUGCAUUGGCGAGCUGAAGUCUUGGCGGCCCAGGGCUACACGGUUCUCAUUGCAGAUUUGCUGGGUGAUGAGCACGGAGAUGGUUGGGAGCCAGAGUGGAACAGCCGGGCCCGGCAGCCGCUGGACGAUCGGGCCUUAAGUCGCAAGAGGAUGAGAGCCUCAGUUGAAGCGCUUGCAGCGACACCAGGCGUUGACCACAAGCGAAUCGCGGCCAUGGGCUAUUGCUUUGGAGGAAGAACUGUCUUGGACUUGGCGCGCCUGGGCUCUUCGGCUGGAAUUGUUGCUGCUGUCUCAUUCCACGGCAUACUUGACGAUGGAGUGAUUGCUUCGGAGGACAUGUCCAGCCCAGAUGCGCCGCGCGUGCUGAUUUGUCAUGGUGAUGCCGACCCCUUCAUCAGCGCAGCCAGUCGCGCAGCGUGUGAGGCACAACUUCGUGGAGCCAAUGCCCGCUGGGACAUGCUCGUGCUCGGAGGUGUGCGGCAUGGAUUUACCAAUCCUGCUCAGGCCUUGAAUCCCAACCCAUCCUUUGGGUACUGCCCGCGUGCUGCGGCAGUCUCUUGGAGGGCAGCUGAGGAGCUCUUAGCUGAAAUGUUGAAGCCAUGAGAGGUGCGACUCUGACUGCCAUGGGAAAAACUGAAGACUAGAUGGGCCAACGCUGCUCCAUGGUUCUCGUUUGCAAACGCGAGCAUUCGGUGAACACCAGGUCGUUCGUGUUUGACACACUCAAUGUUUGAAACCAGACAUGCCUAUGCGAUUGGUUUGAACGUGUCGAAGCUGCCCUGAAGUGCUUGGAGUGAAAAUGCUGACUGAUCGUCCUUGCAGAUCACUUGCCCCUGCAGUCCUGCACAGCUUGCUUGAACAUGUCUUUGGAUGUCUUUGGCAUCAAUGGCUCACAGGGAGUAGGACCUGCUUUUCAAGAGCUCCGGGGCGCCUUAAGCGGAGGCCAUGAGCAAAGAACGUGC